AUGUACAAGAAGGAAUCACUGAAGAAGAGAAAGCGGGACAGGACAGAUCAGAGAUUGGAGAUAGAUAGGGAGCCACGUGACCAGAGCCGCGUACGCUACGCGAUUAAGUACUAUUCUUAG